ACCGUCAUUCGUAUCAUUUUACAUUGUGUUUUUGUGUAAUUUUAAUUUUAAUAUUAUUUUUUAUUUAUUUGAGCUAUACCUAUUACAAAUAAAUGUAAAUUCAUUUUUUUAAGGGGAAUUUUUGAGAUUUUUCAGGAAAUUCAAAUCUUAGCCCAAGCUAUUAUAAAUAAUAUGAGUUAUAUCAAUAUGAGAUAUAUUUAUAUUUCAUGGAUAAUUUUUUUAAAAUUGGUGUGCUGUGAGUUAGAGGUCAGAAUUGCGGAUGGAAUACUUAGAGGGAAAGUUUUACAGUCAAGAGAUGGACGGACUUAUUACUCUUUUACCGGUAUACCAUAUGCAAAACCACCAAUUGGAGAAUUAAGGUUUAAGGCACCAGAACCAGUCGAACCUUGGAACGGAAUAUUAGAUACAUCAUCUGAAUCGAACAAAAUAUGCAUACAAAAAAAUGUCACGGAUUGUCACGAAGAUUGUUUGUAUUUAAAUGUCUUUACUCCAAAAGUUGAUAAAAAGUUUUUACCAGUAAUGUUUUGGAUUCACGGUGGUAUGUUUUCUCAUGGUCAUGGUGGACCCAGUAAACAUGGGCCUGAAUAUUUUAUGGACAAAGACGUUUUACUAGUUACUAUAAAUUAUAGGCUCGGUAUUUUAGGGUUUCUUAGUACUGAGGAUGAUGUGAUACCUGGCAAUUAUGGAAUGAAAGACCAAGUAAUGGCUUUACGUUGGGUACAAAAAAACAUCGUUCAUUUCAACGGCGAUCCUAGUCAGGUGACAAUAUUUGGCCAAAGUUCAGGAGGCGCUAGUACAGGAUUUCAUAUGUUAUCACCAAUGAGUAAAGGUCUUUUUCAUAAAGUUAUACUUCAAAGUGGAACUCCAGUUUGUAAAUGGGCUAUUUCACCUAUUGGACUACCUCGCAAACGCGCCCACGCUGUAGCUACUAUUGCCGGAUGUAAUUUUGAUACUUCCGAAGACAUAUUGAAAUGUUUUAGAAAACUUUCAUCCGACAAUAUUAUUGAUCUUCAAAACAGAUUAUAUGCAUGGCUUUCACACCCGUGUAUACAUUUUAAUCUUGUAGUCGAAAAUUGUAAUUCUAGUCAAGAAGCAUUUCUUUGUCACCAUCCUAUAUAUGAUUUUAAACAAGAGUCAUUUGUACCUGCUAUUAUUGGUCUGAAUUCAGGUGAAGGUCGUAUGUUUUUAGGAUCUUUGUACAACAGCACUUCUAUGAUAAACAGCGAGUUCCAGACGUAUUUUAAUCGUUUACUGUCUAUUAUGCUUUUUUAUAACCAAUAUACAAGACAUGAAGAUUUAGAUGAAAUUGGGGAUAUAGUGUUGAAAGGAUAUUUUCCAUCUGGAAGAUUGGAUGACAAUACCCAUUUGAAUGCGGUUAAAAUGAUAAGUGAUGGAUGUAUUACUCAUUGUGUAAUAGACAUGGCAAAAAAAUUGUCGUCACCAGUCUACAUUUAUUAUUACGAUUAUCAAAAUGAGUUUUCAAAUAACAAACUAUUUGACUCAUAUCAAAAAAAUCUAGGAGUCACUCACGGCGAUGAACUAAAUAGUCUGUUUAAAAAAAAUAGUUUAAAUUCAAAUGAUUUAAAUGAAGACGAUCUUAACGUUUCUAGAUUAUUAGUUAAUAUUUGGUAUAGAUUUGCGACUUUUAAGACUUUUACCAUUGACGGAACGGAUACUGGGCCUGCUUGGCCAAAAUUUACUUUCAGUAAACAAUUUGACAUUUUACAUAUUGAUUCAGCGCAACCAAAAAUCAUACAAAAUCCAUCAUUCUACGAGAAAUAUAAAUUCUGGAACCAACUACCUUACAGCUUCAAUUUAAAUCAAACUAUAACACAAGCAUUAUCAAACAUAAAAACUGAACUAUAUAGAAAAUGGCAUCGGCGUUGGAAUGAAUUGGUAAGGAGGGCUCAUAUUGGUCUAUUUACGCUGAUUAAGGAACUUCAGAAAGAAAAAGUUAAAGUUGAUACAGAUAUCGAAGUAAUUUUUCGAGGAGCUCUAAAACCACGCCCAACAAAUUUUCAGCGAAAACAUGAACAGCGCUUGAAUACUGCUUUUAACAAUCGUGACACGUCUGGAGUAUCUUCGAGGUAUUGCUCACAACCUAACCAUAUGAUUAUAAAAUGGACUUUUAUUGCUGUCAUGGUGUUCUUAGAUUUAGUGUACUGUAUAUCAGAGAAGUUGGAAAUAAAUAAAGGUGUAAUUAAAGGACAAAUUUUGAAAUCUCGAAAUGGGCAAUCUUAUUAUUCUUUUACGGGCAUACCUUAUGCAAAACCACCAAUUGGAGAACUUAGGUUUAAGGCACCAGUACCAGUUGAAUCAUGGGACGGUAUAUUGGAUACUACAAAAGAAUCAAAUAUAUGUAUUCAACCGGGAAGCACAGACGGUCAGGAAGACUGUUUAUAUUUAAAUGUUUAUUCUCCAAAAACUAAUAAAAAAUCUUUACCAGUCAUGUUUUGGAUUCACGGAGGAGGAUUUACAUGGGGCCACAGUAGGUCUAGUAUGUUCGGGCCAGAUUAUCUUAUGGACAAAGAUGUGAUAUUAGUAACAAUACACUAUAGACUUGGUAUAUUAGGAUUUCUUAGCACCGAAGAUGAUGUGAUACCCGGCAACUACGGAAUAAAAGAUCAAGCUGCUGCAUUACGUUGGGUACAACAGAACAUAGUACAUUUUAAUGGUGAUCCUAAUCGAGUGACAAUCUUUGGUGGAAGUGCUGGAGGCGCCAGCACAGGAUUUCAUAUGUUAUCACCAAUGAGUAAAGGUCUUUUUCAUAAAGUUAUACUUCAAAGUGGUGCACCAGUUUGUAAGUGGGCCAUUUUACCUCCUGGAAUUCCCCGUAAACGUGCCCAUGCAGUGGCAACUAUUUCAGGAUGUGAUUUUGAUGCUUCUAAAGACAUACUGCAAUGUUUAAGAAAAGUUCCAGCUCAAUAUUUGAUAGAUCUUCAUACCAAAUUAUUUACUUGGAUUACUUAUCCUUCAGUUUUAUUCAGCCCUGUAGUUGAAAACUGUAAUUCUGGCCAAGAAGCAUUUUUGUGUCAUCAUCCGAUAUUUGACUUUCAUCAAGAAUCAUUUGUGCCUGCUAUUGUUGGAUUGAACUCAGAAGAAGGUGGUCUUUUUGCAGCAUCUCUGUACAAUAAUACGUCAUUAAUACAUCCAGAAUUUCAAAUGGAUUUUAAUCGCUUGGUGGCCAUUAUGGUAAAUUAUAAUUAUUACACAAAACCUGAGUAUAUUGAUGAAAUUGGAGAAAAAGUGUUUAAAAAGUAUUUCCCAUCAGGAGGUAUAGAUGAUCAUACGCAUAUUAAUGCUGUUAAUAUGUUUACCGAUUCAGUUUUUGUAGAAUGCAUUAUUGAUAUGGCGUAUAAAUUGUCAUCUCCUGUGUAUAGUUAUUAUUAUAACUAUCAAAAUGAAUUUUCUUUUAAUACAUUAUUUGGCUCAUGUGAGAAACCUUUAGGAGUAACUCAUGGUGAUGAACUAAAUAGUAUUUUCAAAAUGAAUAGCUUGAAUCCAAAUGAUUUAAAUGAAAAAGAUUUUAAAGUUUCAAAAUUAAUUAUUGAUAUUUGGUAUAAAUUUGUUGCAUCUGAUAAUCCUACUAUUGAUGGAUUAGAAAAUGGAUUAUCUUGGCCUAAAUUUACUCAAUCAAACCAAUCAAUGAUUCUAUUAAAUUCAAGUUAUCCUAAUAUUAUUCAAAACCCGUGUAUGGAUGCAUAUGUAUUUUGGAAAAAACUCAUGUAA